UUUUCGCCACCUCUAGCCGGUGGAAUUUGUAUUAGAUCUUUUUUAUAAAACAAAACUCGUCGCUCAGUAAGCAGAACUCUGAAGGUAGAAUAACACAACGACAAGCAUUAAAAAUCAAAACAAAAACAUGGCGCCCCCGGCUACUGUCCUUCAAAUGCUGCGCACCCUGGGCACGUCGCGAGUUCACACACUUAUCCGUUAUAACGGUGCAUUAAACAAUCCGCCGCCACACCGAACAAAAUUCACAUCGGCGCAGAUCCCUUCACCUCCUCCGCUCAACACAGCCCGAGACUAUAGCUCGGCAGCCACAGAGCCGGAAGGCGCCACCGCCACAACCGAAGUCGCUGCUGCAGAAACGGCUGUUGGACCUACAGUGCCCAAUAGCCAGAUACUGACCAAACUGUUUCCACAGACCUCGCCGGAGAUGUACAGCAGCUCAGAUCAGGAGCAGGAGCGCAAGGAUCGCGAAGAGGAGGACGAAAGGGAGAACGAGCGCGCCUGGCAGCGCAUGAAGCUGGGCUUCGCAGUCUUCGGCAGCAGUGGCGUGGUCGUUGGCCUAUGGGCCCUUUACGAAUUUGGCAAGCCCCAGGUGGACGCCAAUGGGCAAAUCAUCGUGGAUGAGUUUACGGAGAAGCCAUUGGUGCAACAGUACUUACAGCGAAUGUGGAAGAGCAUGCACCAUUACCACAAGUUGAUCCAGGAACCGUCGCGGUCGAAGCUCUUGCCCGAUCCGUACAAGCACCCAUAUAUUCCGCAUCGAUACACGCUUGUCCUGGAAAUGAACGACGUGCUUGUGCAUCCGGACUGGACCUACCAGACAGGGUGGCGCUUUAAGAAACGACCCGGUGUCGAUCUCUUCCUGGCCGAGUGCGCCAAGGAGUUUGAAAUUGUUGUGUUCACCGCUGAGCAGGGCUUAACCGUGUUCCCACUCCUUGAUGCUCUGGAUCCUAAUGGGUAUAUCAUGUACCGACUGGUCAGGGACGCCACACACUUUGUGGACGGGCAUCAUGUUAAAAACCUAGACAACCUGAAUAGAGAUCUCAGCAAAGUAAUUGUCAUUGACUGGGAUGCAAAUGCCACAAAAAUGCAUCCAGAUAACACGUUUGGCAUUUCUCGGUGGCUCGGCAAUGACGAUGACGUUCAACUGAUGGACCUGCUGUCCUUUCUGAAGCUGGUUGCCCAGACUGAUGUGGACGAUGUGCGUGAAGUUCUGCACUACUACCGCCAAUUUGACGAUCCCAUCAACCAGUUCAGGGAAAAUCAACGCAAGCUGGCCGAACAAAUGGAGGAAGCGCAACGCAUGGAACAGGCCAAGACUAAGCCGAUGGCUAGGCAGUGGUCGCGAAAUCUUCUGGGUCGUUAGAAACUGAAACUGCAUAUUACUAUACCAUUCAUACCUUAAAUCUUCUACCUCUGACAAAUUCCUCCACAAUUUGAUCUCAUUCAGAUAAAUUAAGAUGUAGUCGCAAGCAAAAGGAACGAGCAUAGCAUCCACAUUGGAUUAAGAAUCGAUGGAAGCUGUUCCUAUUUUGGGAUAAACAAUAGCAAAUAAUUGUAGUAUUUUAAAUUGAAUAAUUAAGGUACCUUGUUUUUGUUUUCUUUGGCAAUGUAAUCAUUAAACAUACACACAUUAUUAUAAACAAAAAAGCUAUGAGCUAGACCGAGGCCAAACAUAA